CGAAUUUGAUUACACCCGGUGCGCUCUGCUAAGUGCGUACUCCCGGCUCGCCGCCGAGUUCACACAAGCCAUUUUGUGCAUCGUUGGAGCAGCUGUGCGAGAGGAAUAUUACUUGUCAUUUCACCGCAAAAUGUCAACGUUCGCGUGCCCGCGAUCGACGUAGGUGCGUUGAGCGGCACAUCGUAGGCGCGCACGUCGGCGCGUCACGAGCUGGACACGGGACGAAACGUGCUGGGCGCGACUCGAAUCUCCUGCAUAGACGCGCAGAUCGCGGGAUUCUGCAUGGGAGACAAAGAGAACAUCCGCGGCGCCUUUUAUUAACCUUGACCCGUUCGCCACAACAAUUGUCAGCCGCCAAAAAUGAAGAUAUUACAUGUGUAAUAAGGAUUUUGUGACAUUACAAGAGAUUGCACAGCUUCGUAAGAAGACUUAUGAGAGAUCUUAGUGGUAUUUUCUGGUAAAAUGUUGGAUGAGUCAGCUACAUAAGAAGACUAAAAUUACUAAAAUGCGCAUUUGUCUGCCAAUAGUGCAUUAUAUCUUCAGUCAUUUUGGUUGCGUGUAUUCCAUUGUAUACAUUGUUUGGACAGUUUAAACAACAUGAGCAACGAGAAUGUAGAAAAUCGGCUGCUGCCUCAGGUGGCAGCCGAAGACUUACCUAUAUUCCCCGAUACAAGUGUAUCGUGCGUAGAUAUAUGGAUGGAGAAGAUGAACAAGGGUAUAUUGACGAGCUUGAACUUCAGAGAAUUUUGGCGAGUAUGGGUGCCAAAGAUAUAUAGCCCAGAACGCAAUGGCAACUGUCUGGCGUGGUCCAUCGACGAGAACAAGGCGCAGAAGAUAUUGUUCAGUCCUCUGGAGGAGUUCAUCUGCAAUGGCAAUCCACAAGUUGUCGUGAAGGAACUCACCAAGAUGGACAAUCCACCGUCUAUGUGCGGCCGUGUAUUCAAGAUGGGCGAGCCGACGUACAGCUGCCGGGAAUGUGGUGUGGACUCGACAUGUGUUUUAUGCGUGGGUUGUUUCCAGCAGUCCGCUCACCGGGAUCACAAGUAUAAAAUGGGCACGUCCGGUGGCGGCGGUUGCUGCGAUUGCGGCGACACGGAAGCCUGGAAGAGAGACCCAUUCUGUGAGAUACACAUGGUUGGUACCCAGUCGAAGGAGUCGCGCGGCAACAAGCUGCCCGGCGACAUCGCCGAGCGGGCGGUGAUGGUGUUCGAGGCCAUACUGGAAUAUUGUUACGAACUCUUGACCCUCAAGCACACGUCGGCGCUGCCCGCGAAUCUGUGUGAAUCUGUGUGCGUCAAGGAUCCAAUGUGUUUCAACCUGGCCGCGGAGAAAAUGGACUCUUUUGACAGUUACUGUACUGUACUUUUUAACGACGAGACUCACACCUUCGACCACGUGAUCAAUACCCUCACGCGCAUCCUAAAGUGCUUGCAACGCGACGCGGUGGAGUAUGUGAACAACGUGGACAGAGAGGGCCGAGCCGUGGUGAGAUGCUCGGGCUUCCGGCAAUGCAACGAGCUGAGAACCGACAUCGAGAGGUUUACCUCGAGGCACAACAAUCGACCGCUCAAGGUGCUCGUCUUGCACACCCAUGUAGUCGCCCAUCAGACAUUUGCCAUGAAACUGCUCAAUUGGCUGCAACAGUUCAUCAGCCAAUGCGAAGGCUUUCGCGUGCUGUUCAGCAACAUCGCUUUGAACACCAAGCUGCCCGACAUCUCGAUCGUCAAAGGCAUUCUCACAAGGGACUCGCAACUGUGGAAGUCUGCCAGGACAGCGUGGCAUCGCUUGUUCAUCACCGGAAUGCUCAUGGAGUACGAGAGUAAGAAAGCGCUCGCCGUGGUGUUUACUUACAACUACGGUGACGUAAUGAAGGACUUCAUACGAGACGAUCACGAUCACUCCUUCUCCAUCGUUUCGCUCUCCGUGCAGCUGUUCACAGUGCCAACUUUAGCCCACCAUCUCAUUGCUCACCAUGACGUACUGUUCAUCCUGCUAAACACGCUCAUCUCUGAGAGCGCCCGGCGGUGUAACGCCGCCGGCAAAUUGGAAUUCGAGAGGAACACGCCGAACACUUCGUUCAAGAGAGCGCUCUACAUAUUUUACGACCUACGCUACUUGCUGAGUGCGAAGCCAGACGAAUGGACCGACGAGCUUAGGCGAGGUUACUUGCAAGGAGUCUCGUUAUUGUUGACACUCUUCUGCAGCAUGCAGUGUAUGGACGCUGUGCUGAGGCAGGUCGGUCAGCACAUGGAAUAUGAGCCCGAGUGGGAAUCCGCAAUCACCUUGCACUUCAAAUUAUCGCCGGUUAUCACCAUGGCACUAGAGUGGUGCGGAUCAGACAAGGUCGUGCUGAUCAAGUCGUUCAUAAUGGUGCUGAGGAAGCUGUACGAGCAAUUGGGCAAUGAGCCGGCGCCGAGUCAAGUGCGAGAAUUGGCGGACCAUAGCGCGACGUGCCUGCAGUACGACGUGUCGUCCCAACCGGUUUCCAUCCACCUGCCGCUCUCGCGAUUCUUGGCCGGCCUGUUCUUACAUCUGGAGAAAUACAAUCUGCAUUUCCAGUCGUCGGAGUUUAUCAAUCAGACGAAACCGACGCCGGAGCAAAUCAUCGAGCCGGUGCUGACGGCGCAAGUCAUGAUAUCGCAGGUCUACUCUGGCAUGUGGCGUCGAAACGGCUAUUCCGUGCUCAAUCAGCUGUAUUUCUACCACAGUGUCAAGUGUCGCCACGAGAUGCUGGAUCGCGACAUUAUUCUGCUGCAAGUCGGCGCGUCCUUGAUAGAAAGCAACGAGUUCCUUAUUCACAUUCUGAAUAAGUUCAACUUGCUCAACUGGGCACACCCAGACUUCGAGGUGAACGCCCUGAAGAAUCCGGAGGAGGACAGCAUGAGGCAGACGAUCAACUUGGUGGAGGAGUUUCUCGGUUUGCUCAUCACGAUCAUAGGCGAGAGAUACGUACCUGGGGUCGGCCAGAUCAGCGCGGACGAUCGUUUCAAGAAGGAGAUCAUACAACAGCUAUGUAUAAAACCGCAGCCACAUUCGGAACUCAUCAAGCAGCUGGUGGACGACUCACAGCACUUAGAGCCAGAUAUGGAGACAGUGAUAUGCGAGGUCGCGGACUUCAAGAAGCCGCCGCAGAUGUCUGCAGGAAAAGGAGUCUACGAGCUGAAGCCGCACCUCUACUCAGAGUACAACGUGUUCUUCUACCACUACACGAAGGAAGAGCUGAGCAUAUCCGAAGAGGCCCAGCGAAAACGCAGGAAGGCCCUGGGCGAGUUGGAGUGCUGCCCGCCGCCGAAACUGCCCAGGCUGACGGAGACGUUCAGUCUGGUGGCGAACUUGCUGCAGUGCGACGUGAUGCUGCACAUCAUGCAGACCGUGUUGGAACGAGCGCAGAACUUUAUCGCCCGGAGCUUCUCUGAGCCGCAGGUACACAAGAUAUUGCAUCUCAUCGGUUAUGCGUUGCAGGAGCAGGAGUCUGGCCACUACCCGUUCCUCGUGUUCCCCGAGAGAGCAGCCAAGUGGAACAUUUACAAGCUACUGGAGGAUCUAUCAAACAGUCCGCGUAUCGAGGCGCACAAGGACCUAUUGACGUGGAUCCUGGCAAAGUACCGUGAGGUCGCUAGCUACGUCGCUAUGGAUGUCACGCCGACUCCCUUGCAGGUCGAGCAGUCCGCCGACACGGGUGAGACCAACAAGAUGGACAAGGAAUGGCGCACGAAGAUGGCGGCGCAAAAACGCGCCAAGGUCAUGGCGCAGAUGGCCGCUAUGCAGAAGCACUUCAUGAAGAAGAAUGCCACGUUGUUCGAGGAGGCGGGCCUGGACGUCAACAAGAGCGACGAGCGCGGCUCCGUCAUGGACCUGACCGAAUCUUCGCAGGAAGCGCCGGUCGCUGUGGGCAUCGGCCAAACCAGCAGGAUGUGCGAGCAGAUGACUUAUACUUGUAUCCUGUGCCAAGAGGACCAGACCGUGACCGCGGCUGGCCCGGCUAUGGUGUUGGCUACCUUCGUGCAACAAUCCACCGUGUUGUGUCAGCGCAGGCCCGAUAACGACGAAGCCAAUCCCUUGUACCUGUCGGCGAAGCUCGGUUCCUCCCCAUAUACGAGUACCUGCGGCCAUGUGAUGCAUGGCCGCUGUUGGCAGGAUUAUUUCGACAAUGUGCUCGCCAAGGAAAAUCGUCGACCAUAUCGUAUGCGACAGCCAGCGAGCUUCGACGCCGAGAAUCACGAGUACCUCUGUCCACUGUGCGAAUGCCUCAGCAAUACUGUUCUAUUGCUGGUGCCGCCCUUGGGGAUGCUGCAGCCUACUCUUGAGAAGCAGCCGGACAUCAGUUUCGAGAAGUGGCUGGAAGCAAUGUGGCUUACACUCGAGUGCAAGCCGACUCGCAAGUAUGGCAAGAAGAGCAUGGAAGUGGAGGAUGAGGAGAUGCUAGAAGACACGACAAUCGUGCCGCCCAUGCCUGUGCUACGACGAGAGCUGGACGACGCGGUCGUGGGCGCCUUGGAGUCUGUCUAUUCGCAAUCCGGACCGCAUCUCGCGGACAACAUGGAGGGUAUGAUACAUGUCUUCGCCGCGUUAUUUACACAGACGACGUACCUGAAGGGUUUCGGCCCGAUCGACGAUGAUCACCGGGUGCCGUUGUGGGCAUGGAAGUCUACGGCCUACACGAUCCAUGCGAUCGAGUUCUUGCUGCGCGAUAUGGAGAAGCCACUGCUGGGCGCUUUGUCGUCCCGACAGCGGGACAGUUUGCAGAACCUCGCGAGGAUGUCGGCCCUAUUAGGUGCGUCAUUUGCGAAUCACUCGCACCUCUGGGCGGAUCGGGAGAUGCUGAUGAACCAGGCGAUGACGUUGCUGACGAUACUGUUGGAGAACUCGCACCAAGAGCCCUGCAUCUUCGAUUGGGACCCGUUCGGUGUGUUGGUGCCGUUGAUCAAUCUGCUGCCGUGUCUCUUCCACACGAAGGACGAGGUGUCGCCGCCCAUUAUCACCGGCGGUGUCUUCGAAUCGCAUGCGCUCCGGCUCGUGUUCAUUUGUCACAUCAUCAAGAUCCUCCUCACCAUCGACCUGGGCUCGCUCGAAAGCAGCAUGGAUGUAGACAGCCGUGAGACGGAAGAGGCCGCAGGCGAGACCGCAGAGUCGGACCUCGCGCUGGUACAGAUACUCGGCACGCAAAUUAGCAGUCCGAACGUCGCGAAUGAGUUGUGGCGACGUGUGGAGGCCGCUUGCCGGCCGUUCCUGCGAUGCUGCGCUCUCUACUUUCACUACGUGACGGACGUGCCGGCUCCGGCAGCCUUGACGCAAACACACGGCGACACAUAUGAGAACAUUUGUAUAUACCUAGGUCUACCAGCCACUUGCCGCGCCUUGAUCAACUCCAACUUGAACGUGGUGCUCAAGUUGACGCACGUGUGGAAGAACCACCCUACCGUCUGGCAGCAUCUGUUGGGUGUGAAGAAGGUACCGAUCGUCAAGGACCCGCUGAGGGUGAACAAGCUGAUCGACCUGCCGGAAGACUACAGCGAUCUUAUCAACUCGAUAUCCACCUUCACCUGCCCGAACAGCGACCAAGAGGACUCACGCAAUCCCACUCUGUGCCUCGUGUGCGGCGAGAUGCUGUGCUCGCAGAGCUAUUGCUGUCAGACCGAGAUCAACAAGAUGUCGGUGGGAGCCUGCACAUACCACACGAGCAAAUGCGGCACCGGGGUCGGUAUGUUCCUGCGGGUGCGCGAGUGCGAUGUCCUGUUCCUGCGCAGCCCAACUCGCGGCACUCACAUGUGCCCGCCGUACCUCGACGAGUACGGGGAAACAGAUCAGGGUCUGCGGCGCGGCAACCCGCUGCACCUCUGCCACGAGAAGUAUCGGCGGCUCAACUAUAUCUGGCUAAGUCACGAACUGCACGAGUCCAUAGCGAGGGCCAUCGAGUCCUCGAGCAGCAUGGUGCCGACUCAAUGGCAGCACAUGUAACCCUGCAACUCUGUUAGGAAGUACUACGCUGGUCCCUGCAUUACUUGAUGUGGGAUACCUUUAGAAGAAAGAGACGGAGAGAAAAUGAACAAAAAAAAAGAGAUGAAAGGAAAGAGAGAAAAAAAAGGAACGAGAAGAUGAAGACAGAGUCGAAUACUAAUUCUUUUAAACACCUAGCGUAAGCGAGAAUGUAGCAACAGCAGCAGCAGCAG